AUGGAGGAAGACAUACCUAGUGAUGAAGAACAAAUAUAUGUCCAAGAUUUCCUAAGCGAACAAAACCGUCAGAUACAAUCCGUAGAGCCCUCAUCCGCCAAACUAAAAAGACUGUGUCAAACUGAGGCAAAAAAAAAAUUAUUUCUCAAAAUUGACCUUCAAAAAGUCGAAAUUUUCACCUAUGAUGGUUAUACUCACAAUUAUGUAAAUGAUUCCAGAAAAGAUUCUAUGACGUUUUUAGUCAAGUAUCAAAGGAAUGAAAUUUCUUUAUGUUUAUUUGGAUGUAAGCAUGAAGUUGUGAUUCCAUGGCCAGAGCUAAAGGGAUUUAGGCUUGACUCAUCGUCUGGUGUUCUAAAUAUUAAAAUGGAUUAUGGAUUUAUGAGAUUGGUAUGGAAUUUAAUUGGGUAA